AUGUUUACCUGCUCUGGUUGCGGCCUUCAACACUCUGACGGUCCUGUUUGCAGUUUAUGUAAGAAUCGGUACGACUUCGGUUGUGCUGGAGUUACUGAGACCGGGUUUCGGAAGCUUGGUGACAGGAAGAACAACUGGCGCUGUCCGAAGUGCAAGGCGGGCCCACCACUUUCGCCGACUCCUAACUCACCAGCGAUUAGUCAGAUGGAUAGUGUGCUAGAACAGCUGAGCCAUAUUAAUCUACGGUUGGCUCCAUUGGCGUCGCUGAUGGAAGACAUCAAAUCCAUCAAGUCGGAUGUCAUUAGUCUAAAGUCGUCGUUAGAAAUGGCACAUGAGUUAAUAGAUAAAUUUUCGAGUACUGUUAAAUCCCUGGAAUCGAGGAUAGCUAAAGCGGAGGAGAUGGCGAAUGACGUAUCAGGGCUGCGUGCGGAAAUAACCAAGUUAAACCAGGAACUUGACAUCAGGGACCAGUGGGCUAGAUCCAACAAUAUUGAAAUCAGGGGAAUACCACAAAAAAAUAAUGAAGACCUCUAUGAUUUAACUCAGAAAAUUGGCAACAUGUGUAAUUUUCCUGUAAAAAAAGAAGAUAUAAAUUAUAUAGCCAGAGUGCCCACUCGUGUACCGAAUGUUGAGAAACCAAUAAUUGUUUCCUUUAACAAUCGAUAUAUUAAGGAAAAUUUUGUUUCAUCAUCGCGUAAGACUCGGCUGUCGGUGUCGGACAUGGGCUUUGCAUCUACUGGAUAUUGUUAUGUGAAUGAUCACCUAACUCAACGGAACAAGUACAGGCUGGGAAGCAACGAUUGCAAUUAUGAGGCGGGGUGCCGUAGACACCAUUUACUACCCUUAAAGGAACGGAGACAAAUUGCCGACGUGGUUUUCCUAGUCAAAAUUGCUCAAAACCGUGUAGAUUCUCCGCAUUUACUCUCGAAAAUCAACAUGAGGGUGCCUUAUAAAACAUCAAGGCAACCUAUAUGUUUGGAUAUUCCACAGUCCUCAUCCAAUUACAGACAAAACACUUUCUUUAUUCGUGCCGCAAAAACUUUAAAUAGUGCAGUGGCGUCUACGCAGCUUGAUCUCUUUACUUCUUCAACACUUCGUUUCAAAACCACUUUGACGGACUCUUGGUUUGAUGGCUCUCGAACUGAUCCUUAG